AUGCUCAAACCAAAGAAACUAGCGUUCUCCAUUUGCCGCCAAUUUCCUUUAUUCAACGAAGCACGACGAGAUCUCGCGAGGGACUUUCUUUGCCGGCUGAAAAAAUGCGUCUCCGUCAACCAAUUGCGAGAGAUUCAGGCGCAGAUGUUGUUUCACUCCGUCGACAAACCCAAUUUCCUGAUUCCCAAGGCCGUCGAGCUUGGAGACUUCAGUUAUGCCUCUUUUCUCUUCUCGGCGACGGAAGAACCAAACCACUACUCUUUCAAUUUUAUGAUCCGAGGAUUGACCAAUACGUGGCAUGACCACGGAGCAGCUCUCUCCUUGUAUCGCCGGAUGAAGUUUUCUGGGUUAAAGCCUGACAACUUCACAUAUAAUUUUGUUUUCAUCGCCUGCGGGAAUCUUUCGGAGCUUGGAGUUGGUAGAUCUGUUCAUUCGUCGUUGUUCAAAGUCGGGUUGGAAAGAGACGAUCAUGUGAAUCAUUCCUUGAUAACCAUGUAUGCGAAAUGUGAUCAGGUCGAGAAUGCCCGGAAAGUGUUCGACGAAAUUACUGAGAAGGAUAUGGUGUCCUGGAACUCGAUGAUCUCUGGGUAUUCUCAGGCGGGUCACGCAAAAGACGCGUUGGGUUUGUUUAGGAAAAUGGAGGAGGAAGGAGUCGAACCAGAUGAGAGGACACUGGUUAGUGUGUUGGGUGCUUGUUCGCAUUUGGGGGAUUUGAGAAGUGGUAGAUUACUGGAGGAGAUAGCCAUCAAGAAGAAGAUCGGGCUAAGCACGUUUCUCGGUCCUAAGUUGAUUACUAUGUAUGGAAAAUGCGGCGAGUUGGAUUCGGCAAGAAGGGUUUUCGAUCAAAUGAUUAACAAGGACCGUGUUCCUUGGAAUGCUAUGAUCACUGUAUACUCGCAAAAUGGGAGGUCGAGUGAAGCUAUUAAACUGUUUCAUGAGAUGGAAGAAACCAGAGUUUCACCUGAUGAGGUGACAUUGUCUACAAUACUGUCUGCUUGUGGUGCAGUUGGAGCUCUUGAGCUAGGCAAACGGAUUGAGACAUACGCUUCAGAAGCAGGCUUGCAACACAACGUCUACGUGGCCACAGGACUAGUCGAUAUGUAUGGAAAGUGCGGAAGCAUGGAGGACGCUGUGAGAGUAUUUGAGUCCAUGCCGGUGAAAAACGAAGCAACUUGGAACGCUAUGAUAUCCGCUUAUGCUCAUCAUGGACAGGCCAGAGAAGCUCUUUCGCUGUUUGAUCAAAUGUCAGUUCCUCCAAGUGAUGUUACAUUCGUCGGAUUGCUCUCUGCUUGUGUGCACGCCGGUUUGGUGGAUCAGGGCCGUCGGUAUUUCAAUGAGAUGAGUUCUUCUUUCGGGUUAGUCCCGAAGAUGGAGCAUUACACAAACGUAAUCGAUCUUCUGUCUCGUGCGGGGAUGUUAAACGAAGCUUGGGAGUUUAUGGAGAGGUUCCCAGGGAAGCCAGACGAGAUCAUGAUAGGAGCGAUUCUUGGAGCGUGUCAUAAGAGAAAAGAUGUGGUGAUUGGAGAGAAGGCUACGAGGAUGCUGCUGGAGAUGGAGGAGGCGAAGAAUGCAGGAAAUUAUGUUAUUUCUUCCAAGGUGUAUGCUGAUAUGAAGAUGUGGGAUGAAUGUGCGAAGAUGAGGGUGUUGAUGAGAGACAGAGAUGUCGUUAAGACACCGGGAUGUAGCUGGAUUGAGAUCAACGGUGAGAUAAUGGAAUUUCACGCCGGAACCGAUUUUUUACAGUGUGACAGGGAAGAUUCCGGUUCGUUGUUAGGUUUGUUGGUAAAGGAGAUGAAGAGGGAAAGGUAUGAUGUUCCAAGUGAAGUUUGA